CUUGCCUUUCCUUCCAGACCGUUUGAUGCCAAGAACCCCUUCCUGGCCCAGGUUACGGAGAACCGCAAGCUGAACGAGGGCGGAGAGCGACACCUCAUGCACUUGGAGCUGGAUAUCUCCAAUUCUAAAAUCAGGUACGAGUCUGGGGACCACGUGGCGGUGUACCCAGCCAACGACUCUUCUCUGGUGAACCAGAUUGGUGAGAUCCUGGGCACGGAUCUGGACACGAUCAUGUCCCUAAACAAUUUGGAUGAGGAAUCCAAUAAGAAACAUCCCUUCCCCUGCCCCACGUCCUACCGCACAGCCCUGACGUACUACCUGGACAUCACCAACCUGCAGCGUCGGAACGUCCUCUACGCCGUGGCGGGGCUGAGCUGUGGGGGUGCUGGGGCUCCCUCCCUGCCUGGCCCUGACAUCCCUUCCCGCCCCAACGCCAUCCACAUCUGUGCCGUGACGGUGGAGUACGAGACCAAGACAGGACGCCUGAACAAAGGGGUGGCCACCAACUGGCUCAAGAGCAAAGUUCCUGACAAGAACGGGAGCAACUCCCUGGUGCCCAUGUACGUCAGGAAGUCGCAGUUUCGCCUGCCCUUCAAACCCAGCACGCCCAUCAUCAUGAUCGGACCGGGCACUGGUGUCGCUCCCUUCAUUGGUUUCAUCCAGGAGCGCGCCUGGCUCAAGCAGAAAGGCAAAGAGGUGGGCGAGACGGUGCUUUACUACGGCUGCCGCCAAGAGGGGGACGGCUGGCUCGGCUUCCCCUCCCUCACCGUGGGGGUUCUGCCCCUCCCACCUCACUCCUGCCCUGUGUCCUGCCAGGUUUAUGUUCAGCACUUACUGAAGAAGAACAAGGAAAACAUCUGGAAGCUGCUGAACGAGGGGAACGCUCAUAUCUACGUGUGCGGCGACGCUCGCAACAUGGCCCGGGACGUGCAGAACACCUUCUACGAGAUCGUGGCCGAGUUCGGGAACAUGAGCCAGCCCCAGGCCGUGGACUAUGUAAAGAAACUGAUGACGAAGGGCCGGUACUCCUUGGACGUCUGGAGCUAA